GCCGCGGCGGCCCGGGCUGUCGCGGGCCGGGGCGGUUGGGGCUGGUGGCUGCCGCUGUCGCGGCCAUGGAAUGGAGUUCCGAGUCGGCGGCCGUGAGGCGGCACCGUGGCGCCGCGGAGCGUCGGGAGGGACCGGCGGCCGCGCCGCACCGGGCGAGAGAGGCCUCAGCGCGGGAGGAUGCGAGCGGCGGCGGGAGGACGCGGAGGAGGAGCCCGGAGAGCGGAGGCGCAAGCCGGGGCGCGGGGAGCGCGCUGUCCGAGGCGCGCACGGUGCUGGCGCUCGCACUCUACCUGCUCGCCCUGCGGGCGCUCGUGCAGCUCUCGCUGCAGCGGCUGGUGCUGAGCCGGACCGCAGGGCUCCAGGGCGAGUUCGACGCGCACCAAGCCAGGGAUUAUCUGGAACACAUAACAGCCAUUGGUCCCAGGACUACAGGAAGUGCCGAAAAUGAAAUUCUGACAGUGCAGUACCUUUUGGAGCAGAUCAAACUGAUUGAAGUACAGAGCAACAGCCUCCACAGAAUUUCAGUAGAUAUACAAAGGCCCACAGGUUCCUUUAGCAUUGACUUCUUGGGCGGUUUCACAAGCUACUAUGACAACAUUACUAAUGUCGUGGUAAAGCUGGAACCCCGAGGUGGAGCCCAGCACGCUGUACUGGCUAACUGUCACUUUGACUCCGUGGCAAAUUCUCCAGGUGCCAGUGACGAUGCAGUCAGCUGUGCAGUGAUGCUCGAGGUUCUCCGAGGCAUGUCAGCGUCGUCAGAACCCUUGAAGCAUGCUGUGGUCUUUCUCUUCAAUGGUGCUGAGGAAAAUGUCUUGCAAGCCAGUCAUGGUUUUAUUACCCAGCAUCCCUGGGCCAGUUUGAUUCGUGCAUUUCUUAACCUGGAGGCAGCAGGUGUCGGAGGGAAGGAACUUGUAUUCCAAACAGGCCCUGAAAACCCUUGGUUGGUCCAGGCUUAUGUUUCAGCAGCCAAACACCCUUUUGCUUCUGUGGUGGCUCAGGAGGUUUUUCAGAGUGGAAUCAUUCCUUCCGAUACUGACUUCCGAAUCUACAGGGAUUUUGGAAACAUUCCAGGAAUAGACUUAGCUUUUAUUGAAAAUGGAUACAUAUAUCACACCAAGUACGACACAGCGGACAGAAUUCUCAUAGAUUCCAUUCAGAGAGCAGGUGACAACAUUUUAGCAGUUCUUAAAUACCUAGCUACAUCCGACAUGCUGGCGUCUUCGUCUGAGUACCGACAUGGAAACAUGGUCUUCUUUGACGUGUUUGGCCUGCUUGUCAUCGCGUACCCUUCUCGUGUUGGCGCAAUAAUAAACUACAUGGUGGUCAUGGCUGUUGUUCUGUACCUAGGGAAGAAGCUGCUGCAGCCCAAACACAGGAAUGCCGACUACACGAGGGACUUCCUGUGCGGACUCGCCAUCACUUUCAUCGGCUGGUUCACCAGCCUUGUCACCGUUCUCAUCAUCGCUGUCUUCGUCUCCCUCGUCGGACAGUCGCUCUCGUGGUACAACCACUUUUAUGUGGCCGUUUGCCUGUAUGGAACUGCAACCGUGGCCAAAAUCAUCCUCAUACACACCCUUGCAAAGCGGUUUUACUAUGUGAAUGUCAGCAACCAGUAUCUGGGAGAAGUGUUCUUUGACACCGCAUUGUUUGUGCACUGUGCUUUUCUUUUUGCUCUCACUUACCAAGGAUUUUGCUCGGCAUUCAUGAGUGCUGUCUGGGUAGCAUUUCCGUUGCUCACCAAGCUUUUCGUGUACAAGGACUUCAACAAUCACGGUGCCCAAGGAAGAUUUAUUGCUCUUUACCUUCUGGGGAUGUUUAUCCCGUAUCUUUAUGGACUGUAUCUCAUCUGGGCUGUAUUUGAGAUGUUUACUCCUAUCCUUGGAAGAAGUGGCUCAGAAAUACCCCCGGAUGCUGUACUGGCCUCCAUUUUGGCUGUCUGUGUGAUGAUUCUCUCCUCCUAUUUUAUUAAAUUCAUCUACCUUGUGAAAAGCACCAAGAAAACCAUGCUGACUCUGACACUGGUGUGUGCAGUCACGUUCCUCCUUGUCUGCAGUGGAACCUUUUUCCCAUAUAGCUCCAAUCCUGCAAGUCCAAAGCCAAAGAGAGUGUUCCUUCAGCACAUGAGUAGAACUUUUCAUAACUUGGAAGGAAAUGUAGUAAAAAGAGACUCUGGAAUAUGGAUCAAUGGGUUUGAUUACACUGGAAUGUCUCACAUAACACCUCACAUUCCUGAGAUCAACGAUACAAUCCGAGCUCACUGUGAGGAGAAUGCCCCACUCUGUGGCUUCCCUUGGUAUCUGCCAGUGCACUUUCUGAUCAGGAAAAAUUGGUAUCUUCCGGCUCCAGAAAUUUCUCCAAGAAAUCCUGCUCAUUUCAGACUUAUAUCCAAAGAGAAGACACCAUGGGAUUCUAUAAAGUUGACCUUUGAAGCAACAGGACCAAGCCAUAUGUCUUUCUAUGUUCGAACCCACAAAGGAUCAACGCUUUCUCAGUGGUCUCUUGGCAAUGGCACUCCAGUCACAAGCAGAGGAGGGGACUACUUUGUCUUUUAUUCCCAUGGACUCCAGGCCUCUGCAUGGCAGUUCUGGAUAGAAGUACAGGUAUCAGAAGAACAGCCAGAAGGAAUGGUCACGGUGGCCAUUGCUGCCCACUAUCUAUCAGGGGAAGACAAGAGAUCUUCUCAGCUUGAUGCUCUGAAGGAGAAGUUCCCGGACUGGACAUUCCCCUCUGCGUGGGUUUGCACCUACAGUCUCUUUGUGUUUUAAUAGUGCUUUGAGUACAUGCCCCGUGGACAUUCCAUUGGGCAGUUUCUCUCCCAUGUUAUAUGUUAUAUAUCCCAAGUCAAUGAAUUUUAAUGAGCGGAUGUUCAAAGAACUUUUGAUAUAACACUCUUCAAGGCCAAGUACCAUAUGGGUUAAACUUUGGGGUAGUGGUACCUGGCCUUUUUGUCACUUGAAAAUUCCAGUUUUCUGGCACUUAAGCACACGUGGAUACUGCCAUUCAUACAGUCAUUUAUAUGACUGUAAGGACUCAGCAACAUACCACUUCAUAGCUUUCCUUUGCGGAUCAAGAAAGACGUACACUGUUAGACUACUGUUAAUGAAAUAGGUAAGUCCAUGUGUUGUCAGUGGAUGGUGGGUAAAAUACCACUCGCUGGGAUGGUGGCUCUCCUUGUCUAUAACUGCAGUCACAGGAAAGUGACUGUCAUGAAGAAGGAAGCCCCGAGAGCUACAUUUCUUCAGGCAGCCAUUAGGGUGUUUUUGUGUCUGUUCUGAGGCUUGAGCCCUGUGCCUGACUCCCAGUCCUGGAAGCCACUUCUGGACCACUUUCCUGAGGUAGCAUUCAUUGUCUGCUUUCCUCUCAAACAUGUUCCUGUCAUUUAGGAAGAGAACAUUUUUCAGCUACAUUUCCUCACAGUUCAUGGGCUAUUUUAUUUGUGCAACAUAAGACCUACACUUCUUCCCCAGAGCACUGGGUUGCUAGCAUGGCUAUUCUGUGGUGGAAGAGGAGGAUGGUGGGAUAUGCUAUAGAACAUUUAUUCCCUUUGUUUUAUAGGCAUCCUCUGUUAUACAAGGUUAAUCCUAAGAACAUAAUUUUAUUGCUACAUUGGGUUUUCUGUUUUCUAGCAAGUGAAGAAGUUCUUAUAACUUGCUCUUAGUGAGACUGGCUAUCCUGACACUGAGGUUGUAGCUUAUAUAAGAAUGAGAAAACUAUACCUUUAUCUGUGUUCAGAUCCUGCAUAAAAGCAGCAGGAAGGUUUAGCGGUGCUUUUCACUUGGAAGACAAGGAUGUGGCUUGUGAAGUAUGUCAGCAGUGCCUCUUGUGGCUUCUCUAGGUUCCAUCGGUGACAGGUGAAGAGUAAAAUAUGCUAGUUUCUUUUUUACAUUAACAAAUGUAAAAAGACAAAAUUUGAGUUAGUCAACAAACAUGACCCAAGAUCUAGUUGAAAGAAAAGCCAUAGUAAAGCAGAAACAAAACAAAAUGUACUGUCAGGGAGGAACAGGAGGUUGUCUCUCAGAGUGGCCCUCAGCACCAUCUGAAUUUCAGCAAGAGCACAGUUAAGUGUGCACUGCAGGAGAGAACUUCCUUAAAAUUGCUUGUGUGAUAUGUCAGUUUCUAAUCAUGUUCCUUGUAUUGCCUGCUUAAUCUCUAACUCCUUAAAACCUCUCUGUGCCCAUGCAGACAGACACAGGGCUGCAGCUACAGCUGAAUGGUAAUGUGCUGACUGCCACAUGUAUUGACACUCUACAGUGGAGCCACUGUUUUUGCUGGGCUUAACAAAGAUCCUAUCUAUCAGCGCUUCAAGUGGCUGGCUCCUGCCGUGUAUGUAUUAUCUGUCAGGUAGUGCUUAAGAUUUGCAGCCUGUAGAGAACCACAGCUGAUGAAAAUAAGUAAUAGUACUAAUAGCUCAAUGAAUUUCAAAAUAUGGGCUUAUGUUCUGGUCUUGGUUUAAUCUGAAAUUGAUUACUAGAAAUUAUAGGGGAGGGGAAGUAAAACAUCAUGCUGAAGAAGCAUAUAAAAAACAAGAUGUUCUCUGAUUUCUUUCCUUUUGGCAGGGUGCCAUUGUCCUUUUUGGCAUAAUCAUGGUUUUCUGCCUUUGGGUUAUUUCUCUAUGCAAACAGUUUUGAUUUUCUUUAACAUUAUGAAACUUUGAUAUUAUGCAUCCAGUAACAAGAUGCUCAGUUUCAGGGCAUGCUUAGAGGCCAGAAAUGGUCAAGUAAUUACAUACAGUAUUCUUUCGGCUUUUAAUAAGCACACUCUGUAGUUAUCAGUAACCCUCUUUUAAAGAUUAUCUGAUCACUUGAGUAAUUCACUUCUAAAAAGAUAUUUUCAGGGUCUCAGUAAUGCAUCCCCCCCCCAAUGAGUGUAAAUAUAGGCAGCACAAUAGGAGGAAUAUAAAGAAUUGUGAUUUCACAGUUCUUAAUAUUUAAGAAUGAUUGUCCUACGUGUUUCCAGUUUAGCAGCUGUAAUUCAAUGUCUAAGAUUCCCCCAAGGUUCUACCAAAAGGAGGUUGGACCACAACCAGCAUAUGUGACUCAGGAAGCUCCUAGAAAAAUGUGUGUGGUCUGUUUCUUUUCUUCACUGCUUUGCUGACUUAUUGAGGGUUAACUGUUGCCUUACGAUGUUACUGAAAUAAACUUUUUAACAUACUGGUUGGAAAAAA